UGUUCAUGUCUCCGUGAACAACUCUUUACUACUUUCAGUUUAUAUUCAGCUAUACACAGAUAUUACGGAACAUUGUUCAAUCCGAUAACGUAGUUCGUUAUUAGAAAUAGAUCUACUAAUAAAUGCAAAAUGGGUAACAUUUUAAGAAGUAGAAGUAAACUAUUUACAAAUGAAAAUUCCCCUCUUAUUGGUUCUAAGUUAAAAUCGAAAUUGGAAUGGUUCAAAUUACGGAACGUGUUGCUCUUUGUGACCCUUCUAUUGUGUAUAUUUAUUGUCUUGUAUGUGGUUUUUUUGAUAUUCAAUACACCAAAGAAAAUACCUACUAUAAGAUUAAAUAGCGUGGCAACGAUCAACAACGAUUAUUUCAAUAAAUGCGCAACGCAAGUGACAUGUGACCCUAAAGCAAAAUACAGAACAGUGAAUGGAUCAUGCAAUAAUUUGCAAAAUCCUAAUUGGGGUGCAGCACUAACUCCUUUUUAUAGAUAUAUGGAUCCGGUGUUUAGCGAUGGAAUUUCAGCAUUUCGUGUACAAUCGGACGGAAGACCAUUACCAAAUGCUCGAAACCUUACUCUAACAAUGUUCCAGGACACACAUAGGAUUUGUGAUCAUCAAAAUAACGAACUCUUAGUACCGUGGGGCCAGUUCAUUACCCACGAUACAGCUUUUUCACCAGUUCGUAGUGUCAAUUCAUCUUUUCCAGCUGCACUAGACCAUUGUCAAGAUAAAAAUCCGCCAAUAGAGUGCGAAGCGGUCAUUCCAUUAUCUGCAGAUGAUCCAGUGUACGCGAAAAAAAAUAUAACGAUUUUAAAAUUCUUGCGUCUUAUAACUUCGAAGGCUUAUAAUUGUUCUUUAGUUCCUGAGACGGUUCUUAAUAAAAACACGCAUUAUAUCGACUCGUCAAAUGUAUAUGGUUCGGAUCCUGAAUUGGCAAAUGAAUUGCGUCUGUUCAAUGGAGGAAAAUUACUAUACAAUACAAUUGGAAAUCAAGUUUAUUGUCCCCAAGAUCCAAGUAAAAUUGUAAAAAACGGAAAUCAGACUCAAGUAACAAUAGCAUUCGUUGCAGGAGACGUAAAUGUUAACCAGAACUUAGGAAUAGCAUUAUUUCAAAAUUUAUUCCUAAGAUUCCAUAAUUAUAUUGCUAAUAAGUUGCAAGAAGAACACCCUUUAUGGACGGAUGAGACUAUCUACCAAGAAACACGUAGAAUCGUUGCAGCUGUAACUCAAAUUAUUACAUACGACCAUUUUUUGCCGAUAAUUUUGGGUGAAAAAUAUAUGAAUGAAUAUGGUUUAAAUCGUGAAACAAAUUAUGAUCCAACGAUAAUGGCUUCUGUUGCACAAGAGAUGACUAGUGGUGCUUUUCGAUUACUUCACAAUAUAAUACCUGCGCGAUUGAAGUACUUACAUUAACAUUUUUUAAUUUAAAAACC